CAACUCGAACUGAUCACACCCUUCCAGCUGUAUUUCAACCCGGAAUUAAUAUUUAAACACUUUCAAGUGUGGAGGUUAAUCACAAACUACUUAUUCUUUGGACCUGUUGGCUUUAAUUUUUUAUUUAACAUGAUUUUUUUGUACCGCUACUGCCGGAUGCUGGAGGAGGGCUCCUUCCGAGGCCGCACGGCAGACUUUGUCUUCAUGUUCCUUUUUGGAGGACUUUUAAUGACUCUUUUUGGCCUGUUUGUGAACUUGGUGUUCCUGGGCCAGGCCUUCACCAUCAUGCUGGUGUACGUGUGGAGCCGCAGGAACCCCUACGUCCGCAUGAACUUCUUUGGGCUCCUCAUCUUCCAAGCCCCAUUCCUGCCCUGGGUACUGAUGGGUUUCUCACUGCUCCUGGGCAACUCCAUCAUCGUGGAUCUGCUGGGCAUUGCUGUUGGGCAUAUCUAUUUCUUCUUAGAGGAUGUCUUUCCCAACCAGCCUGGUGGUGGAAGGCUUCUGAGGACACCCUCUGUCUUGAAAGCAAUAUUUGACACCCCAGAAGAUGAUCCCAACUACAACCCCUUGCCAGAGGAACGCCCAGGAGGAUUCGCCUGGGGGGAAGGUCAGCGCCUGGGAGGCUGA